UAUAUAUAUAUAUAUAUAUAUUUUAUUGUAAUAUUCCGACGAACCACGCGUGUGUUCGUUAUUAUCGACCUAACGGGUAAAUCAGGCUGAUAAGUCAGGCUGCUACUAUGACCUGGCUUAUUACUGCAUCAGUGCAUCUGCUACCAGUUACCUGUUCUGUUACCGCAGAGAACAGCUACAGCUAAACAGCUGUAUAUUUAAUAUAUCUAAUAAUCUAUAUCUAAUGUCAGUUCUUAGCUAAAAAGAACCACGUUUUCAGUACCGAGGUAGAAAGUUUAGGGACUGGUCGUGCAAAGAAUUAAAGUACAAACUCAAUUUCCAAAUGUGUAUUCGAAUUUUGCCGUUUUUCCGAACGUGAGAAUUUUACGUUACAAUGUGGAUGUGGAGAACGUCAGUUGUCACCGCGUCGGAUCGUAUAUUUCCCGGUCUGUCGUAUUACGAUCGAAAAAAGGAAUUUUAUGACAUAGGAAAUCAGAUACAAUCCAACUUACCACUCCAAAUGGCAUUGUAUUUUAAUGUGUGGGUGUAUCCCCUGUGGUUCUUUGUGAUACUUGUCAAUUUAGAUGCGAAAUACUAUUACUUGACGGACGUAUAUAAAUUUAUAACUGUAGCUGUAUUUAUUGUUAUAUCAAUAUUGGAAGGUAUACGACUUUACUUGGGGUAUCUUGGGAACUUAGUGGAGAAGAUUCCAGAAUUGGCGAGCUUCUGGCUGAUAUCAACCCUCAUACAUUUCCCUUUAGAGAUGUUCCUUCUUUUCGACAGCAAAACCAGACCUCAUCUUAGCGAAACGAUCACCAACGGUAUCAUGGCGUUUCUGCUCGUUACAGAAAUUAUAACAGCUACUGUAGCUUUAAAGAAGUCGGCAGAUCAUCAUGCUAAACGGUUUUAUGUCGCACAGUUAUAUGGGAUCGACAAUAGUGGACAUUAAUUAAUAUGUAUUUAUUUUAUUGGUUUCGAGAAUUGACAAUAUUAUACCUCUCAUGCACAAUGAGAGGAAUAAGGAACAAGAAAUUAAACAUAGGCCGGUAUUUAUAGUCGGAUAUUAAUGUCCACUAUCAUCACUGUGUAUGGGCUCUUAUAUAUUGCACUGAUAGUAUUAUUGCAUUAUUAACAUGCUAAAAGACUUAAUGUAACAUGAAUAACGAAUAUGUUACAUUUGAAUAAGAGCUGAUUUUUGUACUAGUAUAUAAGAAUUUAUGAUCUUUUAUACAUAAUAAACAUGC